AUGGUCAUAGACUCGGGCCAUCGAUCCGAAACUUAUCAAACGACUUCACCUGCAGAGAAGAAGUUAGAACCCAAGCAGCUGCCGGUGACUCUGCUGUCGGGAUUUCUGGGAAGUGGAAAAACCACUUUGUUGAAGCAUAUCCUCAAGUCAACUGAUCAUGGUCUGAGGAUUGCGGUGAUUGUCAAUGACAUGAGCCAACUCAACAUCGAUGCGGCUCUGAUCAAAAACCAUCAAAUCUCCAGGACAACCGAAAAGAUCAUCCAGCUGCAAAACGGCUGUAUCUGUUGUACUCUCCGCGGCGACCUUCUCUCUGAAUUGGCUCGUCUGACCAAGCAGAAUGACAUUGAAUAUGUGAUCAUCGAGAGUACCGGCAUCAGCGAGCCCAUGCAGGUCGCGGAGACUUUCACGGCGGAAUUUAGUACGGCCAUGCUCGAAGCCGAAGACCAGAUGACAGACGCAGUGGGGGACACCACGGAGAUUCUCAAAGAGAUCGCCGAUAUGGGCGGCUUGCACAAGAUCGCUCGUCUCGACACCACCGUCACGGUGAUCGAUGCCUUCAACCUGCUCUCCAACUUUGACACUGCAGAAUUUCUCUCUGACCGGUACGGGCGUGACGAGAUCAUUCCCGAGGAUGAACGGACCAUCUCGGAUCUGAUGGUGGAUCAAAUUGAAUUCGCCGACGUGCUCAUCAUCAACAAGAUCGAGACGGUCAACUCCACCACCCGCGAGAAAAUCACCCGUCUGGUCACUUUGCUCAAUCCCAACGCAAAGAUUCUGUUCUCCAGCUACUCGCAGGUCGACGUCAGAGAGAUUGUCGCGACCAACCGAUUUGACUUCAUACGUGCGGCUUCCGGCGCAGGCUGGCUGCGUAGUCUGCACGAGAUGACGCUUCAGCAGACAGGUAACGGGAAGCGGGUCGCUCCCAAGCCAGAAACUCUCGAAUACGGUAUCAACAACUUUGUAUACACCGCUCGACGUCCCUUUCAUCCUCGACGUCUUUUCUCACUACUUCAUGACAAGUUCAUCAUCAUUCAAAAUGCUGAAGUGGAAGAAAAUGAAGACGAAGAAGACGAAGAAGAAGACGCAGGAGAAGGAGAAGACGAUGCGAGUGAUGGCGAGACAGACACCGAUUCCGUGCAAGACUUUGAGCAACCCGAUACCAAGGAUAUUCUCCGAAACAAGCGACAUCACCCGGCGUUUGCACCUAUCCUGCGUUCAAAAGGCUUCUUUUGGCUCUGUACUCGACCCUUCCAAUUCGGAGAGUGGAGCCAGGCAGGUGCCAUGUUGACCGUCGGCUGUGGCGGGCCUUGGUUUGCAGAGCUGCCAGAUGAGGCAUGGCCUGAGGACCCAGAUGUGAUCCAGUCCAUCAAGAACGACUUUUCUGGUCCUUGGGGGGACCGACGGCAAGAGUUGGUGUUUAUUGGUGAAGGGGUGGAUCAAGGUGCCAUUUCAGCCCUUCUUGACGAGUGUCUGGUCAGUGCCGAGGAAAUGCAGCAAUGGGAAAAAGUGAUGAAGAAUUCUGGGCUUGGACGAGAGGACAAAAUGCAGCUCUUGGCUGAUAUGUGGGAGGAUGGAUGGGAGGACUGGCCUGCUCUGGAGACAGUCGAGGACUCUGGUGAGCAGAAGAAGCAUCGUGCCAGCCAGGCAUCGGGUCCAGAGCCCGGCGCGCACAAACGUCAUAAGCACACUCAUAAAUGA